UGUUUGUGAUUGGAUUGGAGUUACUUGUGACUCUAGUCAUCAAAGAGUGGUGGCCUUAAAUAUUUCUAACAUGGGUUUUGCAGGCACGAUUCCUCCACAACUGGGAAACCUCUCAUUCCUUAUUUCUCUCGACAUGAGCAACAACAAUUUUCAUGGUCAUUUGCCAGAAGGAAUGUCUCAUUUGUGUCGACUAAGUUUCAUGGCUUUAAGCAACAACAAUCUCACAGGAGAAAUUCCAUCAUGGUUGGGUGUCUUGGAGAGACUUCAAUACCUAUCCUUGACAGAGAAUAAUUUUUUUGGUGAACUUCCUGCUAACAUAUGCGACAAUCUUCCAAAUCUAAAAGAGCUCGAUCUGUCUUGGAAUCAAUUGAGUGGCCAGAUACUAUCAGGUUUAUCAAACUGCUCCGGACUCAAGUCGUUAGAUUUGUCAGUCAACCAGUUCAAUGGUUACAUACCAAAAGCAGUGGGGAACCUGAAAAUGCUUGAGGAGCUAGAUCUCGGUGAUAACAAUUUGGAAGGUAGCAUUCCGGAAGGGAUAGGCAAUCUCCAGAGCUUGAGGGUUUUGUCCAUAACAAGCAGCAAUUUGAGUGGAUCAAUACCUAGAGAAAUCGGAAACCUAACUAUGCUUGAAGAAGUAUAUUUUUUUAAUAACAGCCUUACAGGUGAUCCAAUUGGUGGUGAGAAGUUUCUAAUUUUUGCCGGUUCUGUUAACAAUUGUCCGAUUCCAAACGAGAUUGGUAACCUGCUCAAAUCGGAGGGCCUUGGCUUGGGUGAGAAUAGGCGUUCUUCCAUCAAAUAUGUGGAAGAAAUUCAUCUUGGUUGGAAUAACUUCAGCGGAGCCAUACCCGCCUCUAUCUCAAACUGUUCAAAACUAAUUGAAAUAAAUCUUCAUAGUAACAAAUUCAGCGGUCCAAUUCCCAAUUCCAUUGGAAAUUUGAGACGCCUCGAAUCUCUCUCAUUGUCUGCUAACAAUUUGACGAGUGAAUCUUCAUCCCCAGAAUUGGGCCUCUUCACUUCCCUCACAGGCUGCAUCUCUUUAUGGGAAAUCUGGGUGGCAGACAAUCCGUUAAAUGGGGUUCUUCCGAGAUCCAUCGGGAAUCUUUCUAUUUCUGUUGAACGGUUGAUGGUAGGGAACUGUGGACUCAAGGGGAACAUUCCAGAGAGCAUUGGAAACUUGAGCAAUUUAGCAUAUUUAUUUCUCGAUGAUAAUAUCUUGACUGGCUCAAUUCCGAGUACGAUGGGUUUGCAAAACCUUCGGGAAUUGGGUCUUACCAAUAUGUCGCUCACUGGUCCACUCCCUCGUGGUCUCUGUGGUUUGCAGAGUUUGGAGGAUUUAGGCCUAAGUCAAAAUCAGAUUAGCGGUUCAAUUCCAGGAUGUUUCAAUAAUCUUACAUCUUUGAUGGUUCUUGACAUAGCUUUCAAUAGAUUAACCUCUACUCUGCCAACGAGCUUGUGGGUAGAGGCGCACAGGUGCUCCUGCGCUGCUGGUCGCGCGCCCGCUGCAGGAAACUGCUGGCGGACUGGAGGUCACGCGCAAGGGGGAAAGCUGCUCGCUCGGCCUGCACGCGCGGGCUGCAGUCCGCGACUGCAGCUGCUGCUCGCUGCUCUGGUCGCGCGCGCGGAGUGCACGCUGGUGUUGCUUGAGAGCUGGCCUGGGCUAGGGUUCGCGCUGGAGCUCUUGCGCUGGAAGGCUGCGAACUGCGCUGCUCGCGCGCGCUGGUGGCUCGCUGCGAGGGGGAAAGCUGCUCCGGCUGCGCGCGAGCUUGCUGUUGGACGACGGAGCGGUGGUGACAGUUCGGGAGCUGUGCGUCGUGUGGGGUUGGAGGCAGCAGCAAGCUGUUGCGGCGCUGGGCUGUGGAGCUUGGGCAGGCAGCUGAGCUGGAUCUGCUGCAGUGGUGGGAGCGACCGUGCGGUGGAGCUCAGGGCUGGACGGCGGCGCUGGUGUUGCUCUGGUGCCAUGGUGAGGGCGGCGCGCGGCGAUGGCAGUUCGGCGACGAGCUAUGGGGAGAUUGGUGGAGCUCUUGGCGGCGGCGGGUGA